AUGGCUACGGAGGCGUUGAACAAGGACAUCGAGCGUGUGCAGGAGAAGUUGCGCGAGUUGGAAGGAUCAAUAGCGAAUCUUAGACCAAGUCGGAGAGAGUACGAAGGUGGCGGUCCGGGUCUCAAACGUCGCAUUUCACAUGAAGGUUUUGCUAAUGACCGUUAUUCGAAUGGGAGUGGGCGUGUGACUGUGGUGAGCGAUGCAUCAUCGAUGGGCUUCAAUAGACGUAGAAUUGAGUAA